CCUCCCUGCGUGUGUCUCGGGGAGCCCAUGCAGUCCAAGGCAGCCAGCAACCGGCGCGUCCUCCCCGCCUACCAAUCGGCAUGCUCGGCUCGGGAUCCGCGCUCUGUGAGCAAGCCGAACCGCAGCGAGCGGCCACGCACGCACGCACGCAUCUCGCCAGUGAUGGCCUCUGCUGAGCAGCGCAGCGCCUAAGGCAAAUACAGACCUUCGCGCCCCCCGCCCCAGGACGUGCGCCGCCAUGUACAGCGUGGAGGACCUGCUCAUCUCGCACGGAUACAAGCUUCCCAGGAGCGGCCCGCCGUCGGCCACAGCUUAUGACAAACGGCCUGCCGACUGCCAGCGUGAGCUCCUGCUGGACAACCGGGCGGGCCGGGCUGCGGCGGUGGCAACGCUCAACGGCUAUGAGGUGGAGCGUGGCGGGGCCUCGGCGGGCGGCAGCGGCUUAUACAGCAGCAGGCCGGCGCCCCUCAAGGGUUAUAUGGACAAUGAGGGUGACAGGAGGAGGAAGGAGGCCUUCCUCGGUAUCCUAGGUGACGCUCAGGCUUUGGGUGAUUCUCUGGCUACAGACAGCGGUUUCUAUGAUGUCCCAAGUUUGACCUACUCCGAGCCACUAAGCCACGAUGAGAGGGAUAUUUCUUACUGGCGGAGACGAGGACAAGACUUUAGCAUUCUCCUGGACUAUGCUGAUGGCAGGGAGCUAAGGGCCUCUGCUGGAGCAUGGAGACCACAGGCCCUUAUAGCGGCCGAGGAACUCAGGGCGGAGAGGCAAGCGCAGCAACUGUGGGAGGAAAUUUCCUGGCUGCGGGACCAAGACGCACCCGGUCAGCUGAGGGUGACUGGGGAGCGUAAGUGUCAGAGCCUUGGCACUGAGGAGUGGAGGCCCGCUGUGGGCCUGGGCAGGCAGUUGUCUGAUGGGGACGGGGAAAGGUGGGCUUUAGAGCAGUAUCACCUGAGGACGCCUGAAGGAUUUUUUCACCCGAGAACAAAAUCUAAAUCUCAGUCUCUCCCAAGAGUUUUGUCACCUGAUGGAAUAAACAGCAGAGAGCUUAUUCCAUCCAGACCAAGCCAACCAGAUCGACCGCAAAGGCUAAGCAGCACUCUUUUCUCCGGGCCCUAUAGCCGGUAUAUUUAUAGCAGCGCGAUUGGCAAGGACCGGUGGGGCAGGAAUGCUGGGCCAAGCAGUCAUGUUGCACUUUUACCAAAGCCUAGGUUCAGUAGGCCUUUGAAGCCGCCAUCGUAUGAGAUUCACCAGCAAAUUCGGGGUAGCGCAGAAAUGCUUGCGAUAGACCAGGGUCUCAAGCUAAAAGACAGGCCUAUCUUUUAUUCUAGGGGCGGGGAGCUGCGGCAUGACUAUUUUGCACAACACUCACUCUCUGGAAUGGAGCCCCCAGGCUACAUCCCUCCCCCGUCUUAUAAAAGAGUCCUACCCCCAAGAGCUGUGUCAAUCAAUCGUAACGAAAUGCUAAACCUGCGGUGGCGCUCAGAUUCCCUGCAGCCCAGCUCAGACCCCGGCAGAUGGCUAACACGUCAGAUGGGUGAUUCAUGGCUGGAACACUAUGGAGAUCGUGGGGCGUCCUAUCGAAAACAGACACCCUCUGGACACAAAGAGCAACUGAGUCAAGUUCGUCAAGUACCAGCUGAAGACACAAGAGCAAAUCAAAUCUCAGGAGGGUCCGGUGGAAAUUCUCUGACCGACUCAGACAAGAUCCGGAACAUUAACAAAGAGAAUCCAUCCGCUAAGAAUUUAGGACAAUCUACAUGUGAUAGUGCCUUUCCUCCCCAACAGGGGCAAUCUCUCAAUGCUGGGCGCAAGACGACCCUAACUGAAAAUGAUAGCAGUACUCGAUGGAGCAACAGGGGAUUGAACAAAAAAAGUGACAGUGUAGGUCCUGAACAAAAUCGUAGUCAGUUUUUCCCUUCGUCUAUUCUGGGGAAACCACCACCACCCCCGUGCAAGCCAUCUGAACAGGUUGUCUCUGAAACUGUACCGGAAGUAAAGAAAGUCGAACAGCCCGAACUACUGGAGAAAGAUAAAUCCAAGAAUCUCAAAAAGAGACUCAGCGAGACCAUCUUUUGUUUGGUUUCUGUUCCGGUCACCCCGCAGUUAACUGGUACAAUCCGUGAUCAGAAUAACAAUAAUGAGAAGUCACCGGACCCAGCCGAUAGUCCCAGUGACAACAAAACAGGCCAUUUAACGAACCAAAGUCUCCAAAGCACAUCUUCAGCCGAGGCAGAGUUGCAAGCAUUAACUGGUAGCAUUGCGAGCAGCAAGACGAGUAGCCGAGCAAGCAGCAAAAUGUUCAAAAAGUUGCCCUGCAGACCCCCUAAAAUCAACCAUUACAAAGAGCUGAAGUUGUCAGGAUCUUGGCCCGCAAACCAAUACCGUGACCAGGAGACGCAAACUAGCCCUGAGGCCGAAAAACCUGACCCUGAAAACAAGGAAGCACAAGAGGACCCUAUUCCUGCUGCCACUGAAGCCCCUGCAAAUAGUGGCGGUGUGGGGGGAACCACCUUCACUUUCCCUAUCAAGGGAGUAAAGAGUCUAAAACUUUCCAGCAACAGCGCCUUCUCCCUGACCACUACUUUCUCCAACCAGCUGAACAAGAGCACAGCUCAGCAGCCAGCAGUGCCGCCCUCAGGAAAUGUGGAGAGCAAACCAGCAGCGAACAGCGGGCAGGAGGUGUUCAAGGUUCCAGAGUUCCUGCUGAAACCGAUCGUCAGCCAGCGACCAUGGGAUGCAGUCAAAGAGCUUGAGGCAAUCCAAAAAGAGGUCCAGGAUCAACAGCAGCAUCAGAAACAGAGCAACAAACAGCCGAGCGUUGACAAGUGCAUCGAAGACCUCAACGAGGCCUACAAAGAUAUCUUGGAGCUCGGCGCUGCCAGCAAUAAAGUCCCAGAUGGGUCCGUUGAAAUCCCUGAGCGUAUCAAAAUCCGGCUGACAUCCCAACCUCUCAACAAACCCAGCAGCCUUAGGCGCAGUGCAGUCAGCUGGUCUGUUGAUCCCGAAUACAGGGAAGUCAAGAGCGCCUUCUCGAGGCCUGCCACAAAGUCGGUCACAUUCAGCAAACAGCUAAGGGAAGAACUUCCUGUGCCCCCUCGGGAGUCAGGCUUUCGAGAAUACAGGGUUGUCCCUCAUCUUCCACGUCGACGUAGCACCGACGGUAGGACCGUGAAACUGGACCUCCCGGACGAACCCAUUGAGACGCCACUGUGCGACUUCAGCCCAACGACCAAAAGUGCAGCGGCGGAGGUGCCAUGGGCGGACCGACAACCCAUGCAGGACGCCUCCACGCUCACGAGCCCUCCGGACUAUGAAGACAUAUGCCAGACUUUGCGGCACCCUCGGGAUUCAAACGAUCCUAAUGACCCGGUGGGUCCUCAAGAUCUCGAUUCAGAGGAAGAGUGUCCUAUUUGCAAAAGGGAGCUGGAGAACCAAUUGAGACAGGGCCCGCUGCCUCCUCUCCAUGAGGAGAACAGCUCGGAUAGCUCGGUAAAUCCAAAUGGAAGUCCACCACAGCGUGCUGCAGUUGAAAGUCCAGCUGAGAAUGCGAGGAAAAUAGAACUGCAGAACUCAAGUACCGACCAGACAGGGUUUGAUACGAGCACGAAUGCAGGGAAAAAGGAUUCAUCAACACAAGACAAUUUGGGAGAGGUUGCAGAAACUGUAGAUGGAUCUACAGAUGAGCUAGCAGACUCCGAGGAACUGAGUCAAACGGAGUUGGUGGAGUCAGCACAGAGUGAAGUCACCAAGGAGGAAACGGCCGAAUGUGUCAAUGCUGACUCUGGACAAGGGCGAGUGGGACAAACCGACAUGGCUUCGGAUGACAAGCAGGAGCAAGAGAGGAAGCCAGUUGCGCUCGCGGAACAUAGACUUGUUCUAUGGACCCAUCCAGGGCGAGAUCACACCGGGUUGCCAGAGUUCCCACCAGAGAGACUGCCACUUUCAGUUGUGCCAAAGCUCGACCGCAGGCUGUCUCUGAGCUUGGAAGGGGAGCGGCGGGGCAAUGCGCCACCUGACCGAUUUGAAGCUCUGCAGAAUAAGCUAGCCAUUUCUCCUGGCCAAGGGGCCGUGGAACGCCUGGGCAGGAUGCGGGAGGUGGACGUGAUGUAUCGCGUGAGACGCCUCAGCAUCAGGAGCACUGACUCUGGGGAAGGAGACGGGGAGGGCAAGGACUCCCGGGAUCCCUCCGGUGCUUUGCAGAGAGGUGGGGAGAGCAAAGAUGAAGAAGUGGCUGGAUCCUGCCAGUUGUUGGACGAAAGUGCGAGGCACGGUGACAAGUCUACUUUCAGAACGCUGUGAUAACUGGAGACAGCGGCGAUGGCGUGGAAAAAGACGGCGUCCAUCGUGCCCCCAUCUCAAGGUUUUAGCGCUCCACACAACACUGUGAACUGGCUGCCUAAUUUAGAAUGCCUUCAUCUUCAUCUCUUGACACUGAAAUGGCCUUCUUGUCCGACGAGAGCAUUGUGUAAACACCCUCACCCUCGGCUUGACUUCUAAGAGUGCUGUUCCACUGCCAAAAGGGAGGUGCCCCCCCCCCCCUCCACACACACACACUACCCAACCCAGCCUACCCCCAAUAACCAACUUCUUCAACCUCCCCCCAGUCUUCUCCCGAUGCUUUUCUCAUUGGCAGACAUUAAGCAACUCAUCCAUGCAUACGACGACAGUGAAUACACUCGAGAAUCUGCGCAUUACGAAUGUAAGCAUUAAUUUGAGGGUCUUGCUAUUAUUUGCUGUACCAAAAUAAAGUCACUACUGCAGCGGUGGCGCCACCGCUCAUUGCGACUGUGUUCGGCUCGAGAACUGUUUUUGAUUUCCUGUCAUGGCUCUGCCUUUCUUUACCUCUGUGACAUUAUGCCCUCGCCAAACCACCCCCCUCCACCCGCCCCCCAGUUGGUAAGCUAAUCACAUGAUCGCCCGCUCAGUCUAUGGCAUGCCGGUUGCUUUGCUCUGAAGUGAAGUUUGACUGGAUCCGUGCAGCUCCCGCCGCGCAGGUACCUUCAGGAAGCAAUAAAGAUUGACAGCAACUCUAUCACAACAAUGAUAAAAAGAUCAAAUAGAACACAUAAAAAAAAAAGGAAGCGAGAUAGAGCAAUAUUGUUAUACAAAUAAGCUGAGCGGUGUCGUGGAGCUACCUGUCGGAAGCGUUGUCUUGUGAUCGUUCUACAGGGACAUUGGUGUCAGGGUAUUUAGGCUGCUGCUUUACGUCAUCAUAUAGAUGUACAUCAUCUAUGUACAGCGCUUGACAUGUUCAUUAGACCACCGCCACCUAUUGGAUGAGUGGAGUUGACUUAUUAGAUUUUUGUGGUUGAAGUCAUCAAACUUUGCUUUCAGCUCUGCCUACACUCAAAUAUAAAAACUAAAUUCUUAGCAUUUAAAAAAAAAUCUGCCUAGUUUACAGGAUUCUUCCAAUUUGCCAAAAUUUGUAGGUGACAUUUGUUUGUAAGCAACCCCGGAAAUGGCACGCAUGCCCUGGAAAUGAUGGCCGGAAACAAAAUGGCUGACUUCCUGUGUCUUUUCAGGUAUGGCUUGUUGAGACUUUUUUUUGGUUGACACGUGAUAGAGAUUAGUAUUAAAUUUUAUGUAGCUAAGGGAAACUGGUUUGUGGGGCUGAAUUUUCAAAUUACUCCAGAGGUUGCUAUCAAAUGGAAAUUUCCACCAAAAUGAAUCUAACACUUUGAAGAAAAAUGACAGACUUCCUGGGUCUUUCAGCCUUGGCUACGUUUUUUGAGUUUUCUUUCAAAAGACAUUGGUAUUAAAUGAUAACUGAUUUUGUGGGUUGGAGCUGGGCUUAAAAUAGUUCAGGAGUUGCUAUCAAAAUGAUCUUAAAAUGGCCACUGAAGACCAAAGUGGCAGACUUUCUGCGUAUUGAGGCAAGGCUAAUUGUGAUUUUUUUUUCUCUUGAUAGACAUUGCUAUUAAAUUUCUCACAGCGAAAGGCUUGAGGGGAGAUGGGGGGGAAAGCUGAUUUUCAAGGAAGUCCAGGACCCGCAACCUAAACAUUUUACUAAAAUGGCCACUCUCAACCAAAAUGGCAGAUUUCAUGUGUGUUUUCAGGCAUAGUUUUGUGAUGCUUUUUUGUUGGUCUACUCAUGGUACACAUUGCUUUUAAAUUCAAUGUUGCUAAGGGAAACUUGCUCCAUCAUUUUUGACUAAAAUGGUCUCUUUAAACAUAAAUGAUAG